AUGGGCAUUAUUGUGGGUGACACUACUUUUUCCGUGAAGGUGAUCGAGAAUGCGGUGGUGUAUGCAGAAGAACCAUGGAGUGAUCACUGGGUACCAUUUACAAACUUUGAUUUGUUGGUGCCACCUGUUGAUACCGGCUCUAUCUUCUACUACAAGGAACCCUCCCAUGGUAGUUUCGCCGAAAUAAUAGACGCCCUCAAAGCUUCGCUAUCUCAAGUUCUUACACUCUUCCCGCCCCUCGCUGGCAAGAUAGAAUGGAAUGGAGAGGCAGGAGAGAAUCAAUUUCACUGCAACAAUCAAGGUGUUGACUUUGUUGUCGCUGUAGCUGACGUGGAGCUCAAGGAACUCAACUUUUACAAUCCGGAUGAAUGUGUUGAGGGUAAACUAAUGCCCAAGAACAAACGUGGGAUCAUGUCCAUCCAGGUAACAAAGCUAAGCUGCGAUGGAAUAGUUAUAGGUUUUGCAAAUGAUCAUCGCAUAGUUGAUGGGUACUCUGCAAACAUGUUCAUGUCAGCAUGGGCCGACAUUACUCGAUCUAAAACCACAUCUAUACGUCCUUCGUUUGAGAGGUCUCACCUGAAACCAAGAUCCCCAACCACUUAUUCACCGUUGAUUGAUGAUGUAUUUGCUCUGUUUCAACCACCAUCCAACCCAACUAAGGAUAUAAAUGAUGUCGGUGAUGACUAUAUAGUUGUUAAUCGGCUUUACUACAUUAAAGGGGAACAACUUAUAAAGCUACAAAUGUUGGCUAGCGAAAAUGGGAUUAAGAGGUCAAAGAUAGUUGCGUUCGCUUCUUUCUUGUGGAAGCAAGUCGCAUUGAGCAUGGAAGAAUCUGGAAAACAUAGUGAAGCAUGCAACGUGGUUGUUUCUGUCGAUGGAAGGAGAAGGUUGGGUGAUGGAGGGGAUGAUGAGAAAGGAAAACUAAUGGCCUCACACUUUGGCAAUGUUUUAUCAAUGCCAUUUGGGUCGAAAAAACCACAGGAGUUAAAGGAGAUGUCAUUGAGCAAUGUAGCAACAGAGGUAUACGAGUUCUUGCAGACUGCUACUACGAAAGAGCAUUUCUUGGAUAUAAUAGAUUGGGUGGAAGAACAACGACCACGACCACUAAUAUCAAAGGCGUUUGUCGGGGGAGGGAUGUCAUUCUCAGUUUCAGCAGGACAAAGGUUUGAGACCAUGGACGCGAUAGAUUUUGGUUGGGGUAAAGUGACACUCGGAUCAUGCCAUGUCCCGUCCGGUAGGAAAGAUUGUUUUGUGAUGACAAUGGGUAGUCCAAUAAACAACGAGGAUUGGGUCGUCUUUAUGCAUAUGCCAAAAAAGCAUUUGAACUAUGUUGAGACAGAAGCUAGUCAUGUGUUUAAGCCCUUGACUGCUGAUUACCUCAACGUUUAA